UACAUGCGCGGUGACGACGAGGAGAUCGCGGAAAAGUAAUGGCAGGGCUGAGCGCAGGCCUAGUUUCCGGAAGUGGCUGCUGCGGCAACAUGUUUCAGGAAUUGGGCUUAAUCGGGACGAUAGGCGAAGAUGACGAUGUGCCGGUGGAGUCCGAGUCUGACUCCGGAGACGAGGAGGAGGAGGGGCCCAUUGUGCUGGGCAGAAAGCAGAAAGCCUUGCAGAAGAACCGCAGUGCUGAUUUCAACCCUGACUUUGUUUUCACCGAGAGGGAGGGGAUGUACGAAGGCAGCUGGGCCAUGACUGACGUCAUGAGCCAGCUCAAGAAGAAGAGGGCAGCCACUACAUUAGAUGAGAAGAUAGAGAAAGUGCGCAAGAAAAGGAAAACAGAGGAUAAAGAAGCCAAGUUGGGGAAGUCAGAGAAGGACGAAGAAGCAAAGGAGGGCUUUGGAUCUGAGGGGCAGGAAGACCCCAGAGGGAAAGACGAGGAAGGCCCAGAAGAGGAGGAAUCGGAGACCGACUAUUCAUCGGCUGAUGAGAACAUCCUCACUCAAGCAGAUACGCUGAAAGUCAAGCAGCGGAAGAAGAAGAAGAAAGGACAGGAAGCAGGAGGAUUUUUUGAAGAUGCGUCUCAGUAUGAUGAGAAACUCUCAUUCCAGGACAUGAACCUUUCCCGCCCUCUUCUCAAGGCCAUUACAGUCAUGGGCUUCAAGCAGCCCACCCCGAUCCAGAAGGCAUGCAUACCUGUGGGUCUGCUGGGGAAGGACAUCUGUGCCUGUGCAGCCACUGGGACAGGUAAAACGGCUGCCUUUGCCCUGCCCGUCUUGGAACGUCUGAUCUACAAACCCCGCCAGGCGCCAGUAACACGUGUGCUGGUGCUGGUUCCCACCCGAGAACUGGGCAUUCAGGUGCACGCCGUCACCAAGCAGCUGGCCCAGUUCUGCAGCAUCACCACCUGCCUGGCUGUGGGAGGCCUUGAUGUGAAGUCUCAGGAAGCAGCUCUUCGGGCAGCGCCUGACGUCCUCAUCGCCACCCCAGGCCGGCUCAUUGACCACCUCCACAACUGCCCUUCCUUCCACUUGAGCAGCAUUGAAGUGCUCAUCCUGGAUGAGGCCGACAGGAUGCUGGAUGAGUACUUUGAGGAGCAGAUGAAGGAGAUUAUCCGAAUGUGUUCCCACCACCGCCAGACCAUGCUCUUCUCAGCCACGAUGACGGAUGAGGUAAAAGAUCUGGCUUCUGUCUCUUUGAAGAAUCCCAUCCGGAUAUUUGUGAACAGCAACACAGACGUGGCCCCCUUCCUGCGGCAGGAGUUCAUCCGGAUUCGGCCGAAUCGGGAAGGGGACCGGGAAGCCAUUGUGGCAGCUCUGUUGACAAGAACCUUCACUGACCACGUGAUGCUGUUCACCCAGACCAAGAAGCAGGCCCACCGCAUGCACAUUCUCCUGGGGCUCAUGGGGCUGCAGGUGGGUGAGCUCCAUGGCAACUUGUCACAGACACAGCGGCUGGAGGCCCUCCGGCGCUUUAAGGAUGAACAAAUUGACAUCCUUGUGGCCACAGAUGUGGCAGCCCGUGGACUUGACAUUGAGGGCGUUAAAACGGUAAUCAACUUCACGAUGCCCAACACUAUUAAGCAUUACGUCCACCGGGUAGGGCGAACAGCACGUGCUGGCAGGGCUGGGCGCUCAGUGUCUCUGGUGGGAGAAGAGGAGAGGAAGAUGCUAAAGGAGAUUGUAAAGGCCGCCAAGGCCCCUGUGAAGGCCCGGAUACUUCCCCAAGAUGUCAUCCUCAAAUUCCGGGACAAGAUUGAGACCAUGGAGAAAGAUGUGUAUGCAGUCCUGCAACUAGAGGCUGAGGAAAAAGAGAUGCAACAGUCGGAAGCCCAGAUCAACACAGCAAAGCGGCUCCUGGAAAAGGGGAAGGAGGCACCUAAUGAACCUGAGAGGAGCUGGUUCCAGACCAAAGAAGAGAGGAAGAAGGAGAAAAUUGCCAAGGCUCUGCAGGAGUUUGACUUGGCCUUAAGAGGAAAGAAGAAAAGGAAGAAGUUUAUGAAGGAUGCCAAGAAAAAGGGGGAGAUGACAGCAGAGGAGAGGUCCCAGUUUGAAAUCCUCAAGGCACAGAUGUUUGCUGAGCGGCUGGCCAAGAGGAAUCGCAGAGCCAAGCGGGCCCGAGCAAUGCCCGAGGAGGAGCCAGUGAGAGGCCCUGCCAAGAAGCAAAAGCAGGUGAAGAAAUCUGUAUUUGAUGAAGAACUCACCAACACAAGCAAGAAGGCCCUCAAACAGUAUCGAGCUGGCCCCUCCUUUGAAGAAAGGAAACAGUUGGGCUUGCCCCACCAGAGACGAGGAGGAAACUUUAAAUCUAAAUCCAGGCACAAGAGGAGGAAGUAGCAGUGGUGAUGCAAGUUCGUGGGGCGACCCUUGGGUCCUUUCCUUGUAUGAAGUCAUCUUGGCCUGAUCUGUCUUUUCUUCAUUCAUAAAAAAAUUCUGUAAAACUUAA